GUACGUUUUGUGCGGUUUGCCUGUUCAAGCGCGCUGCUUCAGCAACAACAAUUGUUUUCUAACUUUGCUUUUUAUUUGGCGACCCAUCUAAUCUUCUGCAAUCCAAGGCAUCUUCAGAAAUGAUGGAAAAACUGUACAAAACUUGUUGCCGAUUAUGUCUGCACGAUGGUUCUACUCAUCAGCUGCUGGACAUACUUUCUGUGAAAGGAUUAAAAGAAAACAUCUCUAACAUUUUCAAUAUAGAGAUAGAUACUCGGGAUUGCUGCACUACUAAUGUUUGUUUAAACUGUUUUAACGAGACAUUAAGUAUGGAGAAGCAAUUUCAAUUGUACGAGGAGCAAAAACGGAUAAUACUCGCCAACCAGCUCAGACUGCAGGAAAAUCCUUCAGAAGCAACAAGUGAAUUAGCAUCUAGUGCAUUGGCUAGCUCAGUUGCUUGUAUUGAAGGAGAUGCUGGAGGAAAAAAGUCUGUUAAUGUACCGGAACGUUCAAGGAAAGCUCCUAAAGUUGCACCAUACAACCUAAAUUCAAAGAAAGAUCAAUCGAUGAAAACACAGCGUAUCUCUAUUGAUCCAGUUGACGUUAAUUUAGAAGAAACAAAAAACCAACAAAACAAAUCCAUAACCAAAACAAUUAAAGAUAAAACUAAAAAAAUCAAAUUAGUGCAGAAUGCUCCUGCCAAGACGAAAACAUCGUGCAAAGAGUCAGUGCAGGAAAAAAACCCGACCCAAAAUGUGGUUGUUGUUCCUGUAGCAAACCUCCAACAACAGUUGGAACAAUCUCAGAAAGAACAAACAGAAAAUGCAAAUGAAUGUACAAAUGCUGCAGAUUCCAAUGAAUUGCAAAGACCAAAACCGGGGAUUGUUGUAACAGGAAUAUUGAAAAGAAGAAUUGAAAAACCGCAGAAUCUUGCUCCUGUGCAAAGUAAAAGCUCUAUUAACAAUACUACCGUGCAUAGGAGUGCUGAUGUUAACAAAACUCAGCCUAAUAAUGCUCAUAAUGUUGUUUUAAGCUCAUCAAAUAUCGUUCAUGAUGCUGUUGAGAGCAAUUCCAUAAAUGCAGUAAAUAUUCAACGACAAGAGGCACAUGCAUCAAAUAACGAACCACCUUCGUUUGUUAUACAAAAGGUUGUUACCUUCCAGGGAUCCACACAAAGCAAAGAAACCACUACGAUUGCUUCAGCUGUUUCGAAUACUAACGGUGGAAUGGUCUGGAUAAAUAGUCCUGUAAACCAACCGGUUACAGUUCAAUCCAAUUAUGGGAACAGUGAAAUGCAAAAUAAGGGGCAAGGUCCAACUCCUCCAUUGACAGUAUUUAACAUUCCUGCCAUUGCAGUACAGCAAGGAGCAACGGCUUCCGUUCCGUUGCAUAAUGCGCUUACCACUGUUGUCAGUAGUGUAGAUUCGUCUGCUACAAAUUCAACUUUAGGUUCAUCUACGGCAACUCAAAUAGCAAGAUGUAGUGUAACAACGAUUCUGCCCCAGACCGUUUUUCAAGCCAGAUGUAAUAGUCACUCAUCGAUGCCGGCACUUAGUAUAGGUGCUAACGCAUAUCAAGGAUCGCCCUUGCCUGCAAUGAAUAAUGCGAAUGACAGUGCAAACCAAUCAUCUUUGACCACUAUUAACACAAAUUUGGUUACUGAUCAGCAGCCAUCAUCUUUAUCAAACGAAACAACUAGUGAAACCGGAAAUAAUGUUGACAUUAGCAAUACGAGCCCUGCUGCUCUUACCAAAAAACGCCGCCAUAGUACCUACAUUCGAGUAUCUUCCAACUUGUUUGAUGAACCUCCAGAAAGAGCACAAUUUGCUAUGUUGAAUAAUAAUCUUUUACUACGAAAUUUUGAAACACAAAUGAAUGCUCCAAUCCCAUCGCACAUCGUACGAUUGCCGGUAUUACCACCUGGUCGCAGAGUACAGGCAGUUCCUAAUCCAACAAUGCUGCCUGGCAAUCAGCAAACUCCACAUCCUUCUUUAAACAACUACCAAUGGCAAAACAAUGUGAAUAAUGUACAGCGUUUGCGCCAUAUAGCUCCCACGUCUACCAGUAUCACAGGCACUGUAGGAACUUCUGCUAAUUCCGGGAUCUUUUCAACAACAGUAAACAACUCAACUAUCGUUCAGCAACAAUUUUCAGGAUCUAGCUUGAUCCAUCAGGGUCGUGUUGUUUCACAUAAUAGCAAUCUUAAUCAAUUGUCAGUCACUAAUAUUAAUCAUACCGCUGGAAUUGUGGAUCGUACAGCAUCUGUUCAGACUGACUUACUGACAACAAACUAUGAAGUCAACAGUAGAAAUGCAACCCUCGCAAAAGAUGUUGGUCAACAGCCAAGUCGUCCUUGCUUCAGAUGCAACAUUUGUAAUACUUAUUAUCUAAUAGAACAUAAUCUACAAUCACAUUUGCAUCGCGUCCACAAUGUAGAAAAAACAGAACAGACCUGUUCAAAAGUCUAUGAUGCAAACAUUCUAAACAAAUUACUCACACGCUUUCGACGUAAAUCUAUUGCUGAUCCUUUAACUCUUAGUAAUAAUCGUACGCAGCUAAAUUAGGCUGAAACAUGAAGACUUUUAUUCAGUGGAAUCAUUUUAGUGUUUUCAUUUUGUUUUACUAUGCCAGAAACAUUUAUAUGGUUUGCUUUCAGCUUAUUCUCCUUAGAAAUUUAAGAAUUAAAAUAUUGUUUUUGGAAUGCAAAGGAUAAACACGAAUUCCAAAAAAAGUUGAUGAUAAACAUACAGUUCAUCUUAUUAUGCAGCACUUAGAAUUCAUGUUAAUUUUUGAUGUACUAAAAAUAAAAAUGAGUAGAUGUAAUUAGGAAUCGAACUUUCAAACCUAACGUUGUUUGCAUAUAACGAAUUAUUUUUUGUAAUGUUUCUCAACUUAUAAGAAUAUUAAUAAAAUGAAGAAAUAACUAAAAAAAAAACGGUUCAUAAGCCUUCAUGAAACUUCUUUGUAGCUUUCACUAAACAAGGACAGCGAUUGAUGCCUUAACCUUAAGCCGCAUUGCGUAUUCGACCGUAAAAUGAAGAACGAUGCCAUAUGCUGGUAAUGGCUUUGAACCUUAGUUUUUGUAGUUGUGGUCUGCACGCGCAUCGAGGUUUCUGGGUUAGUAGAUACCGUUAUUAGCGUUCAUUCUUGGAGGAUGUUUGUCUAACUUACAAAAAAAAAAAACAGACACAAAAAAAACCAAAAAUCACGGUGGAUGUAUGAACGCAUUCGAUAAGUGUGUUUUAAUUACUGAUUGAAUGCAGAUGGCUUUGGUAGUGGGUAUGAUGAACAUGUUGGAUACAAACCAUUCUAGACCAUUAGAAUGAAUGUUGUUUUCGUAUACCGAAUACAAAACGAACUGGAUAAUGAAAAUGGGGCAAUUCGAUUACAAGUCGUUUAGGUUGAGCUUUGUGUCAUUUAGAACUUUCUUAAAUCUCUAGUUUAUGGGAGGUUACCACGGUUUUUUUAGAUUAUCAAAACUAUCAACCGAUAUUAGGGCUGAGUAAAACAACAUACUUGACUAUUUUUUAUUUUACAAAAUUCGCUUUUGGUAAGCUAUUACAAGUCUCCAAAUUGUUUUCUACGCGUGUAAAUAAAUGUCAACUGUUUUUAAAUGAAGCUUUAUUUCAUUUACACCGACAACAAUAUUAGCCGCUGCUUAAACGUUCGUACGAAUCAUCAACAAAAUAGCUAGCAGUGCUUGCAGAAAGUAACAACGCUAUAGUGGCCAACGUCAUAACGUCAACUGGUAGAAGGGAGAACGAUUAACAUGAUCGGUGGAGGGGAUUCGUUACAUGGUUCAGUCGGAUGGUGGUAGGUUUAGCCCGGCUCCUUUGAAGACCGUUGAUUGCGGUUUAAGCUUUAGCAGCGUGCAGACAGUGGUAAACAGUGGUAAACAUUUUUUAAAGUGAAAACUAAAUGUGGAACAUGUAUUGCAUUUCUGUGCGGAAUACCAACAAAAUAAUGCUCUGGAUGUGAUUAAAAAAGGAAUCGAAAAUAGUGCCCGUUUAAAAAGAAAUAAGUGAGGUGUGUUAUGGAUGUUUUAUUUUUACGGCUAUAUCGAAUAGACGCAAUACACAAAUCGUGAAAUGGCAAAAAAGUGUUAAGAAAUAUUAAUAUCACUUAAAUUUGACCCGUUUUGCCACGAGGGUUGAUGUGAUCGUGAAUCUGAAGUUCAAGUGGCCUCUGAAUCUGAAGAAGUUGCCCGUUGUGUUGGCUGGGUGAACAAAAGUAUCAUGUUAUGAAACACAAAAUUGGAGAAAUAUAAAUUUGUGAAGAGUAAUUGUCAUUCAUUUGUUUUAUCAUAAAAUCGGUUUACUGGUGUUUCGAUUGCAGAGCUGAUGCUAUUCGGUUCCUCGGAGUGUAUUUGCAAAGGAAAUAAUAAGGCAAUUGUCAACCUUAAUAUAGUUUUGCAGUCUUUGCAUUUAGUUAGUAAGUGCAUUCGGUGAAUUAAUCUGUUUGUGAUUUGAAUGCGUGAAACAAGUCAGCUAUUAAAAAUAGUGGCAAACAUCGGUGUUGAAAGACUCAAUAACAAGGAAUAUUUUAAAAUAAAUAUAAAUUGUUAAGAUUGGUAUUGCCUGCCACCUGAUCGGCCACUUUAGCGGCUGCUAAAAAAGUUCAUGCGAUGAAGCGGAGAUACCGAAAAAUAACGGCAUUAUUGUCGUUAUUUAUCAUCGCUGGUUCAUGGACAUUAGGAGAGGGAAGCAGGGGAUCUGUUCGCUUUACGCUGCAGUCUCAAAAUCAACAGGCUUUUAAAACUCUUAAACCAAAUCUCGAUGACGAAUCUGUUACUGUACCAAACACUCGGUUUGUUCGAAGACGCACGACAACAACCUCUAGCUCUUUAUCGAUAGAAACUGCCGCCAAACCUUAUGUAAAGAAAAUAAACAGCAGGUUUGGUGAUGGUCCUACAGAGUCUAAAACAAGUAUCAAAAAUACAGAAAUAUAUCUUGAGGCAAAGGUCGUUAAUCGCCGAGAAAAAGAAAAUCCAGCACCCUCGUUACGUUCGGAUAACAGGGCACAACCUGAUUUCGAAAGGCGCAUUGAUGAUAAAGGGCGAAACGAAUUAAAACCUAUGAAAGAUGAAGUCUUUGCUUCAAAAAGAAGAGUAGCUAAGAGUGGUUCUUUUGGAGAUCAGCCUUUAUCAACCGAUGCUAGUACUAUGUUGGAGACUGAUCCAGGAACGAAACGAGCGAAAUCGCUAACAAACUUAAGCAAGAACUCAUCGAAAGACCCUUUUAUAAACUCUGAGUCACCAAGUCAUAGGUCAAUAUUGAAAGGAAAAACUUCAAAGACAUUCCGUGACAUCUCCGCUAAGCGUGAUGAUGGUUCGUCUGAAGAGAAUUAUCCCGAACCAUUUAAAAAGCUUUUAAAAGCUCAGUUUAAUGACGAAAAAUUGAAGGAAGUGUACGUGCAAAAAUUAGAAAGUACAAUACAGAAAUCUAUGCAUACUUUAUCUGGACGUAGGAAAAAUCAAUCUACUACGUUGGAAAUACCGCAUAACACACAAAUGAUAGUUAUUGUCAACAAACCCGAUCGAGAUAGCACUCGACGUGUCGAAUCCGCCGUGGUAGAAAACGGAUGGCAACGUCGUACUGUUCUCCCAAAAACAAUUAAACAAACGCGUAGAAAUUCGCAACAUUUAGUAACAAACAGUACAUCUUCUGACAUGAUUCUACAAACCUCUACAUCCUCAGAGCUAAAUAAUGCUCAAGAAUCAUCCAGGGAUAUGAUGCAACGACUAAGUGUAAGAACACGGUACACUGCAAGUAGUGAACAAUCAUCUAAAGAACAAGUUGAUUUUCCUGUGGAGUAUUCUAUCGAGGGUGUUAAGGAACAGUCUAGCAGCUCGAAUGUAAAAACACCGCUCAAAACAAACAAAAGGCUUCCUAACGCAGCACAACUAGAUGCACGUAUGAAUGUAAAAGUUUUGAGUACGACUACAUCAGGACCAACCACCACUGUUAAAUUAAUAACACAACGACCUGUUCGAUCAUAUACAAGAAAGCAAAAUACAUUGGCUUAUCUUACGUCGACCACUACAGAACCUACGACUACGACUAGAAAAGCUUUUUUGCCUACACCAAGAGGAGGUGUACAUCGCAAACCUACAAAAGCACCUACCGAGAAUGAUGUAUUAAGUACAUUUACAACUGCGCGUUUGGAAUCUGCACCAAAAAGAUCCUCUAAAAUUUCACGAUCGAAUAGCAAGAACCAAACUGAAAAUAAUAUCGUUUCCAAUACUUCUACACAAUCAUCAAACUACGAACCAGGCGAUGGAUCUAAAAAAAUGACCCUUCUGUAUACCAACCCGGUAGAAUACCUGCGAAGAAAAUCAUCCUCAACAAAAACCAUUAACAAGUCUGUUAUUGAAAAUUCAAACUCUCUUGUGAGAAUAAAUAAUGGAAGUUCUACUGAAGUUCAACAGCUGUCACAGAAAACUACGUCUACAUCAGCGUCAAAGUCUCCAGCACUCAUCAAACGUAUUUCGAAUAAUGCGUACAAACGACGCCCUUCAUUUUCUUCAAAUCGAGCUAAUAUAAAAUCUGCAGUGUAUACUCCAACAAUUCCAACAGUAACAACGCUGCCGACGGUAAAAGUUAUUGCCGGUGAUCAAACUUUGCAAAAGCCUGCUAACUUCAGCACAAAACUGCCAAGCCGCAUUGCUAGCUUAUCUUCCCACUCUACCACCACCGCUGCACUAGCUAAUGAAAUCGAUGUCUACGACGAUAUCGAUAAUCAAAGCGCUAUGAAACAAAACCAUCAAUUUGAUAGGGAAGAAACCGAAGAAUACAUCGGAAACGAUCUUGAGUCAAGAGGAGUACAAUUGAAAGUGUUAUCAAAUGAACGUCUUCCUAAGAUAUCUGUAGUUGGCGUAAAGAAAACAUCAGGAGGCACCGAAAAACAGAUCGUUCCAGUUUCAUCCGGCUUGACACAAAGCCGCAUAGACAUUGACACACCGAGUCACCGGGUGCAGGAUGUCCCUUCCGCUGUCACCGUGUCGAUAUUCAGCGCUCUAUCCGAGAUCCUUUCGCAACCAACCGAAAGUUUACAUUUUUUGUCCUCCAGCACCGAUGCACCAACUUCUGCAUCUCUAUCUGCAACAAGCACCACUUCAUCUUCAACCACUACAACCACCACCACAACCACAACCACCACCACAACCACCACUACCACUACGACCACUCCUCCACCUCCUCAAUCACCAGAACCGUCACUAUUUUCAAGUAAAUCCAACGACAAGGUACUGGAAUUGGUUGGCAACAGUUCUGCCAUUGCUUCUGACGUAUUGCCCAUGCGACUGGAGAAUACGUUUGUACAUACUAGCUAUCUGGAAUCCAACGAUAACCCGAAUGUAAAUAAACCUGAUCUAACCAAUGCAAGCACACAGAUCGCGGAGGGACCUGAGACGAAAAGGCAAAACAUGUCGGCAAGUUCCCGAAAGACUGCAUCGACACAGUCUUUAUGGACUGGACUAGCCGAGCAGAAAGAAACGAACAGCUAUGAUAGUGACCAUUAUGCAGAAUAUGAUAUCGAAAAUAGAAUUCUCUUAGAAGAAGCUCCUUUUGGAGAAGACAGAACGAUAGGCAGUACAAUUGGUGACUCUUUUCUUCCGAUUGCUUCUGAUCUUCCCACAUCAUCGUUCGAGACCCAUGUUAUAGAGGACAAUGCUGAUGCUGAUGUUGUUCCUUUGUCCAUUACACAGAAACCGUUGAUGCCUGCUGCAGAAACGGAAGCGAUGGAGACUUCGACAUCGACAUCUACACUGUACACUAAUUAUGUGACUGAAGGACAGGAUAUCACGGAGUCUGCUACCUACUACUCAACCCCUACUACCAUUUCUACUGAAAUGAAUUCUAAUAUCGCUACUACCAUCAACGAUGUAGGCUAUUUAGAGUCGGGAUACAAUUUAACCGCUUCUAAUAAUGAUGCCACACUAAUAAACGCCGUUUCUUCUACUGCAAAUCCAUCAUCAUUUGAUUCAGAAAAUAUUACAAUAACUCCUGAUUACAGCUAUCAGCCUUUCUUGGCUGAUAGUUCUAAACAAAAUACCUCUGCUUCUGAACAGCCGACAUCCACAUUUCCACCUACAUCUACGAUUAGUAAUUUUAACGGCUUCCCGCAUCCUACUACAAUUUUAUCAGAUACUAAUAUUGGAAUUGAAUCAUCCGAUCAGUCCAAUCAAUCUGCUUCGACAUUCUUAGCUUACCUUAACCAUGAUUCAAAAACUAGCAACAUCAAUAUUGAAAUAGAUCCACGCCAUCCUACUACUAGUCCUCUUGACCUAGCCACUGAAUUGCCUGCCAAAAUUGUGAACAGUACACCAUUCAUCAUUACUCCCAUCACCUCAAAUGCUUCCACCACUGGUUCGAAACAGACGAGCUCAACCGCAUACGUUACGUCACCACCAACGACCGUAAGUAAGACACUUUACUCUUUUCCACCUGUUUCCGAUGUCACAUCUCGCCCAUCUCCUUCCGAUCUGCUGGCUCGGCUCGGGUUUGCGAAAUCUCUCGAAACUACCACUGACGAGUACCGACCGAGAUUCAAAAUGCGCAUACCAGUCUCGCCAAUUGGUUUUUAUGAUACAGUCCCAGACUUGAGAGUGGAAUCGUCUGUCAAUAGAUCUUUGCUUUCGUUUCCGACUAUGACACUUUCGAGCACACCUGUACCUACUACUGCAAAACUAGAUGCUUCUACUGUUCCUGUUUUAUUCACAACCGCACUUCCUAUGAUAAACAUAACUUACCCGGUCAGCAAACGAUCUCCAGGAAUUGUGGUCUACGGCAUUCUUCCAAACAAUACCGUUAUACGACGAGUGAUUGGUGGGGACGAUGAGGAUGUACACACAACCACAGAAAAUGUACGGAUCGUUUAUGGAAUUUUCCCGAAUGGCACCUUGGUGAGACGCUAUCCAAACGGUACAAUAGUACCCGAGGUGAAACGCCAAAGUCUCGUGGAAGUUACCAACAUAGAUCCAAGUGAACUACGCAACCCGAAUAGUGCCAUCUAUCGCACGUCAGAACUUCCGCCAUUGUUCAAAUCAUUGAGCCUCCCUCCUGCCUAUAGCACAGCCUCUACUACUAUUACUACUAGCACCAAUCAUACUGCCAGCACAUCCAUUACGAAGGGCUCCGUGGUAUCAAGCACCACUGCUCUACCUACUUCUAGAAUUACUUUUUCCACCACAAUGAACAAAUCCACGGGUACGACAACUAUUAUUGAAAUAUUGCGCAAGUACAAUGAGGACAAUCAGUUGGAUGCGAAGGUAAAAUCAGAGAACGUCUUUAGUUUAGCAGCAGGCAAGAUAAAAUUAUCAAACAAAACGCCUACAAUCAGUAAUUCAACUGAUAUUACAUUGAUGGGAAAUUCAAAUCAGGAGGAAAAUAUACGCGAGGACGUGAGAGUUUCGCGACCUAAUGCUCCCGAUAUAGUGUAUCGGUGGAAACCUAUGAUAGCAUCGAGUACUCUGGCUAGCGAAAACGAAUUUAUUCCUACAACAAGUAUGCCAAAAGGCACGGCAGGAUCAGCUACACCGAGCGUAUCCGAAAAUACAGUUCCAGAUAUGAUGGGAAUUGGUAAAGACCAUGUUAGUAACGAAGCUUCAUUAACUACGCAAGGUAGUUCCAACAGACAAAGAAAUGACUUUACAUUAAAGAAAAAUACUGCUAUGAAUGCUGUGCAUGAAGAUCCGUCAUCAUUUUCUGGACUAAGCUUUAGUUCAACCUCCACUCUGCCUAAUAUGGAUGAAACUACUCUUACGCCCAUCGAGUGGACCGGGAUCCCUUCGACUGUUCAAAUCACGAAACCUGUAACACAAUCAUCCAGCACAAUUAUUUCCACUAUAAGUAGAACAACAACUCUUCCGACAACAACAACGAUUAACUAUGCUUCUAGCAUUUCCCACACUACACCCAAGCUAAGCACCACAACAUCUAUGUUAACUAGCAUACCGUUUUCAUUCACAAAUAUGCCACGUAAACCAACAACUACGGUGCGCCCUAUCACAACACAAAGAACCCGUACAACAACAUUCUCGGAUGCUGAGGAUUUAGCAUUCUUGCGGCAACUAGCAAGAUUCCUGAACGGAGGACAGUCAUCUUCGAACAGUCAGAGAAAAACAACAAAAAAGACCACUACUACCUCAAUAAAACCGACUACAACAACUGCUAGCAGUACCACUACUACCACAACUACAACCACUAUAAGCACAACUACACCGAAAACAACCACAACAACACCGAAACCAACGACAACACCGAGCUUAAGCACGGUCAUCAUUGACAACGAUGAUCCAGCCUUUCUAAAUGAUGUGCGUAAAUUGCCCAACUUUGCUACGCCAAAUCCUCUUGUCGAUACACCCCUGGCUAAUAGAAUACUUCAAUUGGCAAUACAAAGAGAUCCCAAAAGUAUUGCACGAUUACCACUGAAAACUGAAAAUGAGUUUCCAUCCAUCGAAAAGCUUCGCACUGAAAAUCAUUCCAAAGAAAUUUCCAAACCGACCACAUUGUCUCCGGAGGAAAUGGAGAAAACAAAAAAGCAGCUGAAUCGUGAGGUACAGCAGUAUAACAAUGAUUUGAAACUUCUUUCAAAUCUACUGGGAAGACCCAUUACCGAAAAAGAUAUACCAAAUCUUACCAAGCAGCUGGGAACAGGUGGGUCAGGACCGUUAUUUGCCAACACUGGACUAUCCGCCAUGAGAACUACGACUUCAGCACCAACAACAAUAAGAACAACAAUCUCGAAUAAAGUUCGUCGUCCGACCUCUACAGCAGAUGCUGAGCUGUUGAAGCAACUGCUUCUUACGCAGCAAGAGCAACACAACAGCAGUCCAGCCGUAAUUGAGAGCCCAGACUUUUAUGGCAAAACUAAUGAAGCAAUUUUGGCCGCAGUUCUAAAGCAACGUGGUAUAGGUCCGUCAAACACGAAUGGAGAUAUCGAAGACAUUUUGGCGCAAAUAACUCCAAAUGUUCAGACGGCUACAUUACCUUCAAAAAUUAUCACAACUUCCCGAACCACUCCGAGACGCACUCGUCCCCCGCAACCACCACCUUUACGAUCACAAAGCCCAAUUCUAGACGGUUUGAGCUGGCUAUGGCGUGAAUGGCAAGCGACUGCUCCACAAUCACGCAAUCGAGUUCCUAGCCCUGGGGCUAUUGUCACUAAUGUUCGAUCUGGAACAUUUGGAUUGAGCGGUGGCGGUGGAGGGCUGAGAGGCAGGACCACGUCUUUAACGCAAUCGUACGGAGAUGAGGGACUAGAUCCGGAUGCGAAACCAAUCAACCCAAGUGUGACUGAAGAACCUGCAUCCUUGUUUGGCGGGUUUGGCAUAAAUCCCGGAGGCCAACUGUUGAAUGCAGCAAUCGGCGUAACUCGUGCUGUAUCGCAGUUCCUAGGUGUGGCGCUACAGGGUGCGGCUAAAUCGUUUACUUCCGCAUUUCGCCCACAGCCAGCCGCUGGUGAACCAUUGGAUGACCUAAGCUACUAUCGUUCCAGCGGAAGAUAAACGCUUCAGCUUUCCCGACAAUCUAGUUGAUUGGCUUCAAAACCGAUACCCUCUGAUUUACAGGCGAGGAUUGACACGAUCAACCCGCUGCCAGUAAAGCUUUCCAAAUGCCGGUGGCAAUCCCCAGGGCCUGCCAUUGGAACUUUGUUAGGGAUGCAACAAACAGUGCGAACAAAUUUACUCUACCCAUAUGUAUAGCAGUGGUGCGUAGGUAGAAUAAUCGCAUUAUAUGAACUAUUGCGAUUGACAAAAAUAUCAUCGCACACACAGCAAUAUUGAUGAAUAGAGUAUAGUUGAAAUUAUAGCAAAACACUCAAUUUUGCUGCAUUCAUAUUUUUUUCAAAAUCAACAGCUUGCGCCGGUGAUGCCGGAGGAACGGAAAGUUUAUGAAAAUCAGUGCCGGCCGGAACGUGUUAAGCAGUUUGCAAACUAAGCGGUCGUGUGGGCCCUCUAGGUCUCAAGGGGCGCGGAGAAAAAGAACACACCCGGCUCACAAGUAAAUUUGCUUCGCAGUCCUUCCUCAACAAAUUUCACGCUCGACAACUCAGAAAGACCUACAUUGACCACUUAAGGGUUUCUCUUGUGUUAAUCCGCUACUGCUAAUGUAAAUAAUUUCCAAAUCCUACUCUUAAAAUUCAAUUAGCAGCACUCGAACAUUGCAGUUGCUACUUCCUGUGAAUAUUACUAAAAUAGUUUCAGUAAAGGAAACUGACGGAAAGGAAAAUAGAGGUAAAGUUUAAAGCCUAAACUUGGUAAAUAAACAAAACUUAGUGAGCUAAUACUUGAUAAGACUGUAUCAUCUCAACAUUAAAGUUACUUUUUUGCUGUGUGUAGAUGUUAUUUAUUUUUAUUUCUGUUCUGAACAGGGAACUUUGUAAGAAGUCAUAAGGAUAUACAUUUGAAGAUAAUGAAAACAUUAGAUUAAUCAAUUUCGUGAAUUCGAGAUAUAAU